CUUUUCCUUUAAUAAUUAACCACACCUGAGUAGGCGUUAACUAUCCUUCCAAACCUAUAAAUGCGCUACUUGGAGUUGAAAUAUAAUAGUGAAGAUGAUCGUUCUUGUAGUAGUCGUUCUAUCAUGCUUCUUUGGAACACUAGAAGCGAGAACUGUACCGCCCGAUUUAGUGGAGCAUUGGAAGAAGAUGGUGCUCCCUUAUCAUACACUUUGUUUAAACGAAACGCACGACAAUCCCGAACCUAUCAUCCAUAUGCUGGCCGAGUUCACACUUCCUGAAGAAAAAGUAAUACAUUGCUAUUGGAAGUGCUUUCAUGAGCACAUUAAAUUUGUGGUCAACGGCAAAAUGGAUGUCGAUCUAAUGGUGAAGACGGUAUACAAGUUAACUCCAGAGCUGGCUGAAAAGUGUGUUGAACAAGCAAAACAGGAGGAAGAACUCUGUCAAAGAUCAUACGUUCUUGUGCAGUGUGUAGUUAUGAAUGAGGUGGAUUGAAGAGGAUGGUUAAAGUCUAAGUAUCACAUUCGUGAUGCUGUUAUUGGCUACAAAUAGUAUAGAUUUUACUUUUUAAGCAAACUAUUUAUUUUGUUAUAACCUGUUAAGCACAUUAAAAAAAAGUUGAGUUUAAUAAUACACUUAAAUAUGAGGAAACGAUUUGCAAAAAUGCACGUACCUAUAAUUCAUUAAGACCCAGUCACGUAUAACGGGUAGGUAGAGUUGGUGUUGCAAUUUCUCAAAAGGGAGGGCGU